GGCAGCCGAUACAUACACACGACUCGUUGGUGUGACUUCUUGGUGUGUUUUUAACGGCGAUAGUACCGACCACAGGUUAGUGAUAUGUGUGCGCGUGUUGGGUCAUGGAAAGCGUGACUCAGUAUAGCUCUUUUGUGAGGAUGUGGGUGGCCUUAAAAAGGCCGGGGUUAUAGCUUGUGCAGUAGGUCUACUUGGAGCUGGUGUACUUGGUGACGGCCUUGGUGCCCUCGCUGACGGCGUGCUUGGCCAGCUCGCCCGGUAGCAGGAGUCGCACGGCGGUCUGGAUCUCGCGGCUACUGAUGGUGGAGAGCCGUUCUUCCCGAGCGGGGCUGCAGUUCCCGGUUGGCCGUGUCCAUCGCUUCUUGCGCAAGGGAAACUAUGCCCAGCGCGUGGGUGCCGGCGCCCCGGUGUACUUGGCGGCGGUGCUCGAGUACCUGACGGCCGAGAUCCUCGAGCUGGCCGGUAACGCUGCCCGCGACAACAAAAAGACCAGGAUCAUUCCCCGUCACCUUCAACUGGCCGUCCGCAACGACGAGGAGUUGAACAAGCUAUUGUCCGGCGUCACCAUUGCACAGGGCGGCGUUCUCCCCAACAUCCACGCCGUGCUUCUGCCCAAGAAGACCAGCAAGGCUCAGUAAGAUCCAGACGGAGAGAUUUAAACCCCGGCCCUUUUCAGGGCCACCCA